GACACCCGCGCGGACCGUUACCCGGCGGCGGCGAGCCGGCAGGUUUUCUUCACCAGUGGAGUGUGAGAAAUAGAGACUGAAGAAGAUGAGUGAGCUGGAACAGUUACGGCAGGAGGCAGAGCAGCUGCGAAAUCAAAUCAGAGAUGCAAGGAAAGCAUGUAGUGACACAACUCUUGCUCAGAUCACAACAAGUCUGGAUUCAGUGGGUCGAAUUCAAAUGCGAACAAGGCGUACACUUAGAGGUCACUUAGCCAAAAUCUAUGCUAUGCACUGGGGAUCUGACUCAAGGCUACUAGUCAGUGCUUCUCAAGAUGGAAAAUUAAUUAUUUGGGAUAGUUAUACAACAAAUAAGAUGCAUGCCAUUCCUUUGAGAUCCUCCUGGGUGAUGACUUGCGCAUACGCACCGUCUGGAAACUAUGUUGCCUGUGGUGGAUUGGACAACAUCUGUUCCAUAUACAACUUAAAAACCAGAGAGGGCAAUGUGAGAGUGAGCCGAGAGUUGCCAGGGCAUACAGGAUACUUGUCCUGUUGUCGCUUUCUAGAUGACAACCAAAUUGUCACUAGCUCAGGAGACACCACUUGCGCUUUGUGGGAUAUUGAAACUGGUCAACAGACCACCACAUUCACUGGGCAUACUGGCGAUGUGAUGAGUCUCUCUCUAAGUCCAGAUAUGAGGACUUUUGUUUCGGGUGCCUGUGAUGCCUCCUCGAAGCUUUGGGAUAUUCGAGAUGGAAUGUGCAGGCAGUCAUUCACAGGGCAUGUGUCAGAUAUUAAUGCAGUUUGUUUUUUCCCUAAUGGACAUGCAUUUGCCACUGGAUCCGAUGAUGCCACUUGCCGACUCUUUGACCUACGUGCAGAUCAGGAAUUAAUGAUGUAUUCGCACGACAAUAUCAUCUGCGGCAUCACUUCUGUAGCCUUCUCAAAAAGCGGUCGCCUCUUGCUAGCAGGUUACGAUGACUUCAACUGCAAUGUGUGGGAUACUCUGAAAGGGGAGAGAGCAGGUGUCCUUGCUGGCCAUGACAACCGUGUCAGCUGUUUAGGUGUUACUGAUGACGGCAUGGCUGUAGCUACAGGGUCUUGGGACAGUUUUCUCAGAAUCUGGAAUUAACUGGGAGCCAAACAUGUACAUUCUCCAUUUGAGAUCUGGA